UUUGCUCUGUCAGAAUUGCCUUGGCUUUAAAGGCAAUUUUGCCUUUGGCCGUGCGCUUUUGUGUGUUCCGUGUGCGAGGCAAACGAAGUGAGAGGCAAACAGCAACAGCAACGACGAAGCAGCUGAACGGAGCAAACCCAAGCACUUGGCGCAGCAGGAUCGCCGUGCCAGUCGAGUCCGUCAACAAAGGGGGGUGAUCUGUGCUGUGCUGCGCUCUGUCAGGCCACAGCAGACCAAGUGUCGAGCAGGAGAUACGUUUUGCCGUUUGGUUCCUCGCCACAUCCACGCGGGUGACAGCCAACCGUUGUGUGUGCAACAGCACCCUGCACCAUGUCGUCCUCAUCGUCAACAACAUCGCCCAAGUUCAAGCCAGAGGCGCUCAAAUUCAAGGAGCGGGGCAAUGAGUUCUACAAGAAGCGCAACUUCAAGAAUGCCAUCCUCUACUAUUCCAUGGCCAUCCGCCUGGACCACACAAACCCAUCAUUCUUCGCCAACCGUGCCGCAGCCUUUUAUGAGACAGGUCAAUAUGCAGGUGCAGCCGCAGACUGCAAGACGGCUCUCGACAUGAUGCAGCCAGGCGACAAGCUCACUGCAAAGGUCACCCACCGCAUGGCAAAGUGCCUGUAUUUUACCGAUCAACUGGCAGAGUGCCGCUCGCUCUUGCGGGACACGGAGGGCCAGACGGCGGAGACGCAGCGGUUCAUGGCUGCUGCUGAUCACUAUCUGCGCAUGCGGUCUGUGCGUUCGGCGCGCGAUCCAAUCCCAGAGCACGACAAGGUCGUCGCCGUCGCUCCAGCAAAGGUGCAGCGGACUUUGCGGCGGCGGCGGGCGACAAUCCAGCCGUACGAGCCGUAUCAGAUCUUCACCGACGACACCCCAAUGUCCGUCCUCGAACCAAUGCCAGACAAAGUGACUGACAAGGCGUCCGAUGCGGAGUACAUCAAGCAGCGUGCAGAUAACAAGGAUCCCAUCCGGGUUGUGCUGGCCGGCGCCGGGGACCCGCGGCACAUCUUCGCCACGCUGUCGCACUUUGACAUGCUGCUGUCCAAGGUGUGCGACAUGCAAGUGGCGGGCGACACGGCCUUGGAGCUGAUUGUCUGCGACCAGAACCCGGCAGUCAUCGCCCGCACCAUGCUCAUCUUCGACAGCAUCCUCGCAUUCUGCAAGCGCCUCGUCAUGAAGAACGAGCUGUCCCUGGCGCGGAACGAGACGACGGCGUGCAUGUCGAGCGAGACGCUUGUGGAGGCCACCUAUCUGUCCCACCUCUUUUUUGGGUACAAGCUGCCCAAGAAGUUUGCCUGCAGCUUGAGCGAGAGCCUGAAGACUGCCGUGUCGCGCAACCGCACGCGCACCGACCUCCUCUCAUGGGUCGACAUUCAACCAAAGUGCUGGAAGAAGGUCCAGCGUGUGAUGAACACGUGGGCACUGCGGGACCGGUUCCCCGAGGAGGUGCUGGACCGGCAGAUUGGCGACGUCCUCGACCGCCGCAAGCUCGGCCACCCGCUCAAGAACCAGGAGAUGCACAUGCGCAAACGCAAAGCUGUGAUGGACGAGCUGCGUGAGAUUUCGGAGGCGGACGAGUGGCUGCGCUUAUUCUUCAGCCGCCACAAACAGAAGGGCGUCGUGCCAGAGGGGAUGGAUCCGACGACGUACAUUGAGCACCUCAUGUCGCGGAUGGAGGACCGGACAGAGGUGAUUGAGCCGCUGUGCUGGCCGCUGCGACACACGUACGACGACAAGGAGCAGUUUGAUCGCAGCAAGAAGCUGUCCAUCCCCAACAGCAUCCGCGACCAAGUCUUCUCCGGCGGAGAUGCGUACGAUGUGAACCCUACGAUGAUGGAUCCCAUGAACGCUUCCCUUGCGCUGCUUGGCGGGUACAAGAGUCCCUGGCGCGUUGCGGAGCAGCUGACGACGGUUGAUCCUCUCAAGUACGACUACUAUGAGAGCUGCAUGAGUGCAACGGGGCCCCUCCUUAACCACAUUGGCGCCGGCGGCCACCCGGUCACGCUGUGCGAGGACCUGUAUCACUUUUGGCGGUUUCUCUCCGUGCGUACGCAGCGCUGCCUGGCCACCAAGCGCGUGCAGCUCAAGUUUGUUGUGGAUGACCCCGUGACGCACUUUCGCAACCCGGUGUCCAACGACCCGCACAAGGUGCAGCGCAUUGACCGCGUGGUGAUGUCGAGUGUGCUCUCCUCGUCAGACUACCUGGAGAUUCUCAGCACGUUUGAGCCGCUUGUGCGCAACAGCGCGCUUGGCGGGGUGUUCUGCGUGGCGGACCUCAACAGCGUGGCCUUCUUCAGCAGCGUGCGGCAGAUGCUGCAGGGGUUUCUGUGCGUGGACGACAACCACCUCGAUGUUGUGUUGCAGAAGCUGUUCAAUGUGCGCCUCGUCACGACGCAGGUGCAGGCGCCGCACGUGUUCAUCCCCACUGACCGCCGGCGCCAGUGGAACCAGCUGAGCGACUGGCCCGACGCCAUCAAGGAGACGCUGCGUGUGUUUGACCGCACGGGGGCGAGUGCCGGGCGCAAUGCUGUCACAUCUGCACUGGCCGCAGACAGCCGCAAGGCAAAGCAGCAGCAGCAGCAGCAGCAGCAGAAGGAUAAGGGGCAGGGCGUCAAGGACAAGAGUGGUGGCGCAAAGGCAAAGGGAAACAGUGACGGCGGUGGUGGUGGUAGUGGUGAUGAGAGCGGUAAAGGGAAGGACAAGGUGAAGGAGAACGGGGUGGCUUCCAACGGAAAUAAGAAGAAGGCUGGUGGGAAUGGGGGUGCAGAUGGCAGCAGCGAAAAUGGUAGCGGUGGUGGUGAUGGGAGUGGUGGUGCAAAGUCAAAGAAGAAGGGAAAGAAGGGGAAGCAAAACGGGGCAUCUACAGGGGUGACUGGUGAUGACGGUGCUGGUGUUGCUGGUGGUGAUGUCGAUGAUCCUCGUGUGAAUGAAAAGGGGAAGAAGAAGGCGAAGAAGCAGUCAGAUGGCGCAAAGAAGGACAGCGCCACCACCGCCCCAUCAACAUCAUCAUCAUCAGCAUCAGCAUCAUCAUCAGCGCCCACCACUGCAGACAUGUCGACGCCGCCGCUGCCGGCUGCGUUUGACCAAGCGAGUGCAGCAGAGCUGGCGGAGACGGUUGGCAAAGCUGUGGAGGCGCUGCGGCUUCCCGGCGUGCAUCCAUUCUUCUCCCAGCAGACCACCACCAACUUCCUGCUGCACAUUCUCCUCAACUGCACGGCGCCGUCCUCUUUUAUCCUGUCGUGCAACCUGGCGAGCUGGUUCCACUUUGUUGCCAAGCUGUGCGUGGAGGGCACGGUGUCGCGGCACUGGGUUGCCACGCUCAUUGACAACAUUGUGACAUACCCGCACGUGAUCAACACGACUGCGCUGCCCUUCAACGGCAGCACGCUCGGCGUUGGCCCCACCAACAAGCUCUCGCUGCGCCCAAUUGUGACCGAGUUCCGCGCGCUGCUGCUGCUGUGGCUGGGCAAGGUGCCGUGCGUGUCUGUGCUGCCAUCUGUCUCCUCUGAGCGGCUGGUGCGCGUGUUUGUGCGCUUCGAUGACCUGGGCAACCUCUCUGUUGAAGACCACCGCGCUGCGCUCGCCCUUGUCAUCUGCAAGGGCGCAAAGGCGGACACUGCCGAGGACCUGUCGGAGAAGAUCAAGGCAGCGGUUGUGGAUGCGUUUGAGGACGUGCACGCGGAGGAGGUGCCGCUGCCACCGGGCGCGGACGGCGCUGCGGACACGAAGGGAGGCAAGGGCGAUGGCAGACAGGAGGAGGGCGGUGCUGGUAAAGGCGACAGUAGUGGCGGCAGCACGAAGACAACGUCAACAAAGACCACCACGAGCAAGGACGGGGCCACGAAGAAAACCACCACGACGACAACGACAACGACGACGACAACAACCACCUCGAAGGGCGGUGCUGGUGUUGGCCCAGCAACGGCGGCAUCAGCAGCGCAGUCGUGGGCGCUCAACCGUGCGAGGGGCUUCCCUGUCAGUUUGCAGGAGUACAGCAACAUGUGGGGUGGCGACUGGGUGCGUGGUACGCUGCAAUCGCAAACGGUUGCUCUGCCCGUUGGUGCGAGCGACACGCCCAUCCACCUGUUCUCGUGUUUGACGUACUGGGACCACGUGGUGAGCUGUCUCAUGACCUUCAGUGCGUAUCGUGACUUUGCGGGCAACGAUGCGUAUGAGCUUUGUCUGGCGCGUGCGGAUGAUCUGAUGGUGUUGGGUCGUGGCGGCACGUUUGAGGACCGCAACUCUCGCAUGCCAUAUCUGGACGAAGACCCGCUCCUGACGCCGCACCACUAG